AUGACGCUCAUUUCCGCCGUCUGGACUCCUGUGUCCGGAACUACUGUGAUUUAUUCCGGAGCCAUCAACGAAUUUAAUGUUUACAAUGAGGAUGGGGAGCCUCUUGUCGACGGCAUGGCAAUCGAUGCGGAUUAUCCUGGGAAGAUGGUGUUCGCACAAUGCCGUCGUACUCGCCACGAGCGAUUUCAGGACACGUAUCCCAUGCUUCUCUCUGAGAAGUCGAAGGUCAUUUUUGCGAGGCAGGAUACGUGGUUGGAAGUGAAGGUCAACACUGUUGAAGACUUCUGGAAGAUCAACCGAUGCUUCGAACGGAACAAUAUCAUGAUCAGCCAGCAAGCCGCAGUCGCCGACGAAGAGCUGGCCGCCUUACAUUGCAAGCUACAGGAGUGCAUAGAAUAUGGCCAUUUCGGUGGCGGUUACUCAUGGUUGUCUCGUCAUCUUGCUUCCCUUUUGUUCAACCUCGUCUUCGCGAGCGCUGCGGCAGGCCUCUUCUACUAUGCCACUAGUCAUUUCUUGCAAAGCAUGUUCCUCUUUGCUACCCAUGUGAUUUCUCGGCCGUCUGACAUCUGCAACGACGCCCUGUCGUUUUCGCCAUGGGCGCUAGCGGACGGAAGGCGACGGUUGGCCGGACCGUUAAGGGCUCCGCUGCAUCCAACAGCCGGAGAAUCUCGAAAACGUUGGAGUGCAGGAUUUCAGGGGAGCAUCGUGCGGAGGCAGCUGUCGCUCGUGCAUGUGCCGGUGGCGACGUCGGCAGCCAGCCCGGAUCUAUCGGUCGUGGACAAAGCCCCGAUCACCCACGAAGUGUCGGGGGGGCGAUCGUUUCCGUCCAUGACCACCCGGCAAGAAGCUAUCGCGAUCCUCAUCCUCAUCGGAAACGCUGCACGUAGGCUAGCCCGGCGGAAGGCACCACGUCUGCCGCCUGCUGUCCUCGCCCUCUACGGCAGCAGUCAUGCGGCUGAUCGAGGACAGGGGGCUGACAUCGUGGGGCGUACGCAGAACACGGUGAAGUACUCGGUGAAUAUCCGCCACGAGUGGGAGGAGAACCUCGCCGGAUCCUUUCGCGAGCUGCAGAUGGAGGACGCUGCGGAGGAGGACGUGAACGAGGACGGCGCGCAACCCGCGAGGAUAGCGUGUACGAGCAGCAGGGCGGACACGCGCGAACCACAUUGGCAAUACUCCGGCGGCUACUUCGCGACCAAGACGGACGAUUGUGAAGGACCAGGUCGUGAACGUCAAGGCGGGGCGUAUGACCUCAUGGAGCAGGACCAGUCGUCGUUUGUCGUCAAGCGCUGCUUGGCCUUUCAGGGCAAGGAGAACCUCUGUCUCGUUAUGGUGCAGUCAACAGCGGCAACGGCGCCGCGCUACCCGGUCGCUCGGAUUUCUACUCAAGAACGGGCAUGCAACUACGUCGCCGAGGCAGUUCUUGACGUGGAACGUUUAUACCGGCUUGGUACUGUACAUCGUGACGUCAAAUCUGUUUAUAUUGGUCCAUCGACGAGUGCGGUCACCUUAAGCUCACUGACCUCGGGGAUACUCAGCUUCUCUUCGGGCUGCGCGCGUGGCGAAGACAUAACCCUGGAACACGCGCGCCCUCAAACGACUCUGCAUGCAUCGGGUUCACUGGAGUUUACGCCCGGCCUACGUACUUAA